GUAAGUUUACACGACUUAUGAUUUCUUCAUCCAGUUUGUGUUGCUUUCCUCAUACACGAAGAACCGAACAGCUUUAUUGGAGUCAUAUACCCAUUCAACAUUACAUUAUUAGAAGAACUUUGUGUCUUAAGGGUGCGUUUUGGAAAUUUUAGAAUGCGUUGGUUCAGCGGAUGCUACCAGAAUCGUAAAUCUUGCAUCAGCAUUACUGUGCUGUUCCUUGGCUGCGUCUGUUUUUACUUCACGUCUAGAAAGCAUCACAUACAGCAAAUUGAGUUCAGAUCCCGGACGAGUCCCCGGUUGCCUUUGUAUGCUGAUUCCCAAGGUGACACGCAGAAAUUGGAACUACUCAACACAUUCGCCAGCAAGUGCUUACAUCAUGGUAUUCCUAUAUUUGUCAUCGAACCAUCCGUACUGCAUCACCUGUUGUCUGCCAAUGAGUCGGAACCUCCCUGUAUCCUGUGCUCGGCCGGAGAUGUCAUCUCACUGGGGGUGUUCGGAGCAGACUGGGACAAAGGGGAAUCUCUCCUUCUAGAAUUCAAUGACCUUGAUAUUGUACUGAAUGAAGUGACCGCUCCUGAUCCCCGCCUGUUGUCCUUGGAGCGGAUCACUGUCCCCAGUGUUCCUACACAUUACCUCAUCCGCCAGUCGGGAAGCCUUCCUCUGCAUCUGGUGGUAUUCUACGAACGGGACGAUAACUACUGGUGGCACAGUUCGCUUGAACCCUCGACUACCUCGAACAGUCAGAUCUUUCAAGGAUUGAACACUACGUUUGGAAACAGCGCCGGAGCAUAUGACAGAUUCGAUGUCCGACUGACGACGGUGGACGGCAUGUGGCUCUACCUCCCGCACCCAGUAGGGGAGUUCCUGGCCCAGAUGCCGAGGUCCAAGUUCAUUGAGUGUGACUACCAAGGGGCGCAGACAUAUCUCAGUAAAAACUCUGCAGAAAGAAGUGGACUAACAUUACAUGGAGCAAAAGUCCUGUACCAAGCGAAGAGGGCUCUGGAUCCUCUUGGCGUUCCUUUCUGGCUCAGUUUUGGCACGUGUCUUGGUUGGUAUCGACAGUGUGGUUUCAUUCCCUAUACCAGUGAUAUAGACAUAGAGAUUCCCAUUCAGCGCUACAGUACAGGCAUCCUGCCGGCGUUUUUGAAAGCCGGGUUUAAACUCCUGCAUGUCAAGGGGAAGAUGUCUGAUAGUUUCGAAAUGGCUAUUAAAGCUCAUGGCAUCAAGAUCGAUGUGUCCUUCGUGUAUGAGGAGAAGACCUAUCUAUGGCAAGGAGGAACCGACGCCCACGAUGGCAAGAAGUAUAAAUACACUUUUCCAAAGUUUGACACUUGCUGGACUGACUUCAUGGGUUGCCGACUGCGCGUCCCCUGUCCUACUCUACCCUACAUCACUGCCGCAUAUGGCAAGAACUGGAACACUUCAGUGAAGCAGUGGGACUGGAGGGGAAGCGGUAGUAACGCGCAGAAGAACGGGGUCUGGCCAAAGGAGGAAUGGCAAACAGUGAUACAGGGGACACACUAGUGGGUCAAUAUCAGUAAAUCAGAGCUACUGUACUGGCGGUCAGCUCAUCAUUAAAAUGGGCAAACGUGUCGGCAUGCCUUCAUGAAUAUAUCUUACACAUGUACCGUGUCUUCAAUUCAAUCUGGAAACACGACAGACCGACGGAGUUCCCUUAUUUAGAUAUAACACGCCAAGGCAGGAAAAUAACAAAUGACACAGGUUCGGAACAGACAAGUAAAUGAGAUGAAUAAGUAUUCGUUUCCUGACGUCGCACAGUAGUACUCCCGCCUGGCGAUGGAGGCCACAAGGGAUAUCACAAGCUUAUUUGUCAUUUUAUUUUUUUAAUAUUCAUUAAUGAGUUUAAGAUAUUAAAAUUGCUGAAAAUCAGUUACUUGUUUCAUAAUUAUCAAUUUGUGUAUGAAACAAAAUUGUUUUUGGCUAUAUUUUUGCUUGCAGAUAAAGUACUCUGACACUUUAAAAUGUUGAAACAAAUUGCAGACUUUUCUCAUGUUGAUGAAAAAAACAACUUGAACAUUUAUUUGGUCCAUCUGGUUCUUAAAAAUUGAACGUCAGUUUGGAUGGGUUCAUUGAAGUGUGAACGAUUUAAAAGCGCUCGUUAAACUGUGCUGGUGAUUUUUUUUGUCCGUUCACAGGUGUGUGAACUCAAAAUAUCAGAUCACGUGAUUACC